AUGGCGCAAAAUGCCUCGAACCUGUGCCGCUGCUUCUGCGGCAAUGGGUGGCAGGAGAACGAGGACGACAAAACCUUUGGCUCUGUGUCGGUGGGUGUGGGCGCGAUCUCAUCGCUGGAUGUGCCGGACGACCUGCCACCGGUCACGGGCAUGCUGUCGUACAGUGCUGACAUGGAGCAGCCCUUGCGCGGCAAGCCCAUCCGUGAGGGCGAUCUGUGGCAUCUCUCCACAGAGGAGGCGGUCCAAAGAGUACGCCUGGCCCUCUUCGUCAAUGGCCUGUCCCUUACCAACGACACCAAGAAGGUCUUCGUGCCGUUCUCACCCUUCACGUUGGUUCGUAACUGCAAAUUCCAGACGAACGCAUGCGAUGUGCAGGAAUUCAGCUGCUACAAGAUUUUCAAGGUGCAUUUGUUCAAAUACGGGCGGUGCUACUACUUUGGCGUGAAGGCGACAGAGCUGUGCGCAGGCGCCGUGGAGCGCUCCAGCUGGGUGUGUGACAUCUCCACCACGGUGCGCUUGGUGAGCCAGUCCCUUUUCCCACCCUUCCGGAUUCUGUGCGAUCCCCUCUCCUCCAUGGAGCGCACACACAGACGAUUGGUAGCUGGCUAUUUGCUGCACAGCGACAGCCCAUGCGUCAUCUCAGUCUUGUACUGCGAGUUGCAGGCCCACCAUCAGGGAAAGGCCAUGAUGGUUCUCUAUGAGAACGAGAGUUGCGAGGUCCCGGUGUCGGCCCUUGUCCUCACCGCAGACGCGGUGGUUGCCGAGAAGAUCGGGAUCAACUGCAGCUGCUUCAGCGUGGAGCAACACGACUUCAGCAGCCGGACCUUGUCAGAGAGGAGAAACUAUGGCUGCGAGCCAUCUCCAACCUGA